CGCCGGCCGCUCCCCCUUAGUCUGCAUUCGCUGCAGGGUUUUGGGACCUUAGGUUGCGGAGUCCUCACCCAGCUCUCGCGUCUCGAGCAGUUGUCCCCAUAACUCGGAAUCUAGAGCCGCUGUUGCGAGGCAGGAGCACGUGGCAGUCAGGUAGCUUCCCAGUCCCGAACGCCGCCCGUCCCCGCUACGCCGUGGCCGCUAGCAACGACCUCUGUGAAGUUGGAGAGGCGGUAACGGAGGCACUCCCCCUGCUGCACCGCACCGUUUCUACGGGGCUCAGAAACCAGUUUGUUUGUUUCGUCGGGGUAGUGUCGACCUGUCUUACCACGGGCGUCGCCCGAGGCGGGACGGAGUCAAACCCGUGGUGUCAACUGAAGACGAGUGUCAGGUGUGGAGAGUCUCAGUGCCCCCUUUCAGUCUGGACUGUGAGCUGCUGCUGGUUAGACAGACUUGGUUUCUCUUUCAGGAUGUCAUUUUCAAAAUGCAGGAUGGUACCUCUUCUUUAUUAAGCCCCAUAGGAAGACUGCCACACCUAGAUGCUUAUUAGUCAUCACCGUUAUUCCUACUAACGUCCUGUGUCACUGAGUUUUUAAAAUGUCUAGCAUGUCUGUAAAGAUGCCUUAGAAAAAGAAUCAUGGAGAAGUAUGUUAGACUACAGAAGAUUGGAGAAGGUUCAUUUGGAAAAGCCAUUCUUGUUAAAUCUACAGAAGAUGGCAGACAGUAUGUUAUCAAGGAAAUUAACAUCUCAAGAAUGUCCAGUAAAGAAAGAGAAGAAUCAAGGAGAGAAGUUGCAGUAUUGGCAAACAUGAAGCAUCCAAAUAUUGUCCAGUAUAGAGAAUCAUUUGAAGAAAAUGGCUCUCUCUACAUAGUAAUGGAUUACUGUGAGGGAGGGGAUCUGUUUAAGCGAAUAAAUGCUCAGAAAGGCGUUUUGUUUCAAGAGGAUCAGAUUUUGGACUGGUUUGUACAGAUAUGUUUGGCCCUGAAACACGUACAUGAUAGAAAAAUUCUUCAUCGAGACAUUAAAUCUCAGAACAUAUUUUUAACUAAAGAUGGAACGGUACAACUUGGAGAUUUUGGAAUUGCUAGAGUUCUUAAUAGUACUGUAGAGUUGGCUCGAACUUGCAUAGGGACCCCAUACUACUUGUCACCUGAAAUCUGUGAAAACAAACCUUACAAUAAUAAAAGUGACAUUUGGGCUCUGGGGUGUGUCCUUUAUGAGCUGUGUACCCUUAAACAUGCUUUUGAAGCUGGCAGUAUGAAAAACCUGGUACUGAAGAUAAUAUCUGGAUCUUUUCCACCUGUGUCUUUGCAUUAUUCCUAUGAUCUCCGCAGUUUGGUGUCUCAGUUAUUUAAAAGAAAUCCUAGGGAUAGACCAUCAGUCAACUCCAUAUUGGAGAAAGGUUUUAUAGCCAAACGCAUUGAAAAGUUUCUCUCUCCUCAGCUUAUUGCAGAGGAAUUUUGUCUAAAAACAUUUUCAAAGUUUGGAUCACAGCCUAUACCAGCUAAAAGACCAGCUUCAGGACAAAACUCAAUUUCUGUUAUGCCUGCUCAGAAAAUUACAAAGCCUGCCGCCAAAUAUGGAAUACCUUUAACAUAUAAGAAAUAUGGAGAUAAAAAAUUACAUGAAAAGAAACCACUGCAAAAACAUAAACAGGCCCAUCAAACUCCAGAGAAGAGAGUGAAUACUGGAGAAGAAAGGAGGAAAAUGUCUGAGGAAGCAGCAAGAAAGAGAAGGCUGGAAUUUAUUGAAAAAGAAAAGAAACAAAAGGAUCAGAUUAUUAGUUUAAUGAAGGCUGAACAAAUGAAAAGGCAAGAAAAGGAAAGGUUGGAAAGAAUAAAUAGGGCCAGGGAACAAGGAUGGAGAAAUGUCCUAAGUGCUGGUGGAAGUGGUGAAGUAAAGGCUCCUUUUCUUGGCAGUGGAGGGACUAUAGCUCCAUCAUCUUUUUCUUCUCGAGGACAGUAUGAACAUUACCAUGCCAUUUUUGACCAAAUGCAGCAACAAAGAGCAGAAGCUAAUGAAGCUAAAUGGAAAAGAGAAAUAUAUGGUCAAGGUCUUCCAGAAAGAGGAAUUCUGCCUGGAGUUCGUCCAGGAUUUCCUUAUGGGGCUGCAGGUCAUCACCAUUUCCCUGAUGCUGAUGAUAUUAGAAAAACUUUGAAAAGAUUGAAGGCGGUGUCUAAACAAGCCAAUGCAAACAGACAGGUUCUUGUUGUAUCACCCAGGCUGGAGUGCAAUGGCAUGAUCACAGCUCACUUGCAGCCUUGACCUCUGGGGCUUAAGUGACCCUCCCACCUCAGCCUCCUGAACAGCUGGGACUACAGGUGCUUGCCACCAUGCAUGGCUGAUUUUUUUAUUUUUUGUAGAAUGGAGUCUUGCUAUGUUGCCCAGGCUUGUCUUGAACUCCUGGGUUCAAGCAAUCCUCCUGCAUUGGCCUCUCAAAGUGCUGGGAUUGCAAGCAUGAGCCACCACACCCAGCCUGAAUGGAUGUACUACACUUUAUCCAUUAUUCUACUGAAGGACAUCUUGGUUGCUUUUAAGUUAUGGCAAUUAUGAAUAAAACUUCUACAAACAUUUGUGUGUAGGUCUUUUUGUGGACAUAAAUUUUUUAAGUAUUUAAACAGAUGCCAAUAGGAUGAUUGCUGGAUCACGUCUUAAGAGUAUGUUUGAUUUUGUAAGAAGUCACCAAACUGUCUUCCAAAGUGGCUAUACCAUUAUUCGUUCCUCCCAGCAGUGAUUAAGAAUUCCUAUUGCUUCACAUCCUCUCCAGCAUUUAGUGUUGUCAGUGUUUUGGAUUUUGGCCAAUUUAAUCAGCAUGUGGUGAUAUCUCAUUUUAAUUACAAUUCCCUAAUGACAUAUUCAACAUUCUUUCAUAUGCUUCAUGCCAUCUGUAUAUCUUUCUUGAUGAGUUGUCUGUUCAAGCCUUUUGCCCAUUUUUAAAUUCGUUUUUAUAUUGUUGAGUUUUAAAAGUUCUUUGUAUAUUUUAUAUAAUAGUUCUUUAUCAGGUAUGUCUUUGGCAGAUAUUUUCUUUUUCUUUGUGGCUCAUCUUCUCAUUCCCUUAAUAUUUUGUUUCGCAGAGUGGAAUUUUUUUGUUUUAAUGAAGUCCAGCAUAUCAAUUGUUUCUUUCAUGGAUUGUGUCUCUGGUGUUAUAACUGAAAAGUUAUCACCAUACCCAAGUUCAUUUGGGUUUUCCCCUAUGUUAUCUUCUAGGAGUUUUAUAGUUUAAUGUUUUAUUUUUAGAUCUGUGAUCCAUUUAAUUUUUGUGAAGGAUAUAAGGUCUGUGUCUAGAUUCAUUUUUUUGCAUGUGGAUGCCCAGUUGUUCCACAUCUCUUGAAAAGACUAUAUUUGCUUCUUUGAAUUACCUUUGCUCUUUUGUCAAUGAUUGGUUGACAAAGCAUUUUUAUGUGGGUCUGUUUCUGUGCCCUCUGUUCUGUUCUACUGAUUAAGUCUUGAAAUCAGGUAGUUUCAGUCCUCCAGCUUUGUUCUUCAAUACUGAGUUGGCUAUUCUGGUUCUUUUGUCUUUCCAUAUAAGCUUUGUGAUAAGUUUGUCCAUAUCUAAAGACUAACAUGCUGGGAUUUUGAUUGGGAUUGUGUUGAAUCUGUAGAUCAGCUUGGGAAGAACUGACAUCUUGACAAUAUUCAAUCCUCCAAUACUUCAUAUUAGACCUGAAAUAUAUCUUUGAUGUAUUUCAUCAGAAUUUUUUAGUUUUCCUCAUACCUGUGCAUUUUUUUUUUAGAUUUGUAACCUAUGUAUUACAUGUUGGGGAGUGCUAAUGAAAGUGAUAAUGUGUUUUUAAUUUCAAAUUCUACUUGUUCAUUGUUUAUAUAUAGGAAAGCAAUUGACUUUUGUUUAUUAACCUUCUAUCUUGCAACUUUGCUAUAAUCACUUUUUUUGGGAGGGGUAUUUUUGGUGUUUCUUUUGAAUUUUCUACAUAGACAAUCAUGUCAUCUGCAAACAAAGACAGUUAUAUUUCUUCCUUCCCAGUCUGUAUACCUUGUGUUUUCUUUCCUUGUCUUAUUGCAUUAGCUAGAACUUCCAAUAUGAUAUUGAAAAGUAAUGUUGAGAAGGACAUCUUUGUCUUGUUCCUGUUGUUGGCCGGAAAGCUUCAAGUUUCCAUUAAAUAUGUUAGCUGUAGGUUUUUUGUAGAUGUUCUUUAUGAAAUUGUGGAAGUUCCUAAGUUUUCUGAGAUUUUUUAAAAUCAGAAAUGGGUGCUGGAUUUUGUCAAAUGCUUUUUUUUUUUUUGCAUGUAUAGAUAUGAUCAUGUGAUUUUUCUUCUUUAGCUUAUUGAUGUGAUGAAUUACAUUCAUUGAUUUUCAGAUGUUGAAACAGCUGUAUUUUAUUAUAUUUUGCUAUAAGAAUAAAAAUGCCCUUUCCUUUCGUAGCUGGUAAUCACUUAUAAGGAAAUGGUUUAAUUACUAUGUGUAUAAUUUUCUUGUGAUCCUUUUCUUAAUAAUACUCAUUGUCUUAUAUUUACAUACACACUGUAAUCUUUUCACUGACAUGGAGCAACAACUUUCACUACUCCAAAUUUAAACUGUUGUCUUUGUUCUUCAGUGUUUUGCUUUACUGAAAGGCAUUUAAUCUUUUUUUCCUUCCUCUCAUUCUCACAUUCUUUUUAAUACUCUUUCUUUGGCUGAAUAUUCAAGAAUUUUCAUGUAUUUCUGUUUUAAAAAUACCAACAGCUAACUACCUUAUUAUUGGCCUUUCAUACAGGGUUCUCAGUCACCUGUUCAUAACCUCCUUUUUCUCUCCUUUUUGCUCAGUAAAAAAGAAAACCUAAAGAAAAAUCACAAGAGGCUUUUUUUUUCUUGUUUCACUGCUUGCUAAGUGGUGUAGGUUAGUUUUGGAAAAAUUGGAGUAUAUAGGAGGAGGGUGUUAGGAAACAGGAAAGAAAAUAAUUCCAAAUCCCUACAGAGGCAGUCACUGAUGAAGACUUUGGUUAAUUUUCUUGCAUACCUUUUCCUUUUCUUUUUCCCGAGAUAGUGGAAACAAAAUCAUACAUACAAAUUUGUAUCUUUUUAAAUUUAGUGUUCUUACCAUACAUAUUUCCCAUGUUGUUUUCAAUUUUUUAAUAUCUGCAUAAGAUUCCAGUGCCUGAAUGUGCUAUGAUUUAUCUAACAAAUCCCCUAGUAUAACCAGUUGUUUGUAAUCCUUCCCCUUUUUGAACAUUUUUCUGCCACAUUUUAUUCUUCAUUUUUUAUUAUUUCUGUGAAAUAGAAUCUUAUAAGGGCAAUUAUUUUGCUAAAAGAUUUGGUCAUCUAUGUUCCUGAUGAAGAUUCUUGAAAGAAAUAUUACUAAGUUUUUUCUAGAAAAGUGCCAGUUUAUACUCAACCCAACAGUGUAUGACGGUGCCUGUUUUAUUGCCCCUGGGCCAGUAUUAAUAACUUCUUAGGAGCUAAAGAAGUUUUUUUUGUAAUAUAAAGUUUAAAAUCAAAGUAGGAUAGGAGAUGAAGUUUUCGCUAUAUUCUACACUGUUUACACAAUAGGGUAAUGACAAACUAGAUUCCUGUAAGUAAAAAGUAGCAACUAAUAUCUAAUUGGGCACUUGUGCAAGGACCUGUCCUAAGUAAUUUACAUAUAUAAUCUUUACUAUUGUGGAUUACAUAUUUGCGAAUUUAUCUACUCGCUAAACUGUAUUUGUAACCUCAAAAUCAAUAUGUGAAGCACUUUCAUGGUCAUUCAUGGGCAUGGGCAUAGGCUCAGCCCAUGUCAUUCAUGAACCUGGAGUCAUUCAUGGGCUCAGAACAGCAAAAGUGGCCCAAAAGCAUAGUGCUGAAAUGUCAAAAGGCAGUGAUGUGCUUUAGGGAGAAAAUACGUGUUUUAGACUUCAUUUGGGCAUUAGUUAUGCCACUAUUGGCCAUGAAUUCAGCGUUAAUGAAUCCACAAUAUAAUGGAUCCAGGAGUCUAACUCUGUAUUUACCCUAGGAGCAGUGGUUCUGUUCAGUAUUCAUGGAGACUUUAUAGAACAUAACUACGAGAAUAAUGAGAAUUGAAUGUAUUAUUAACUCAUUUAAUCAUCACCAAUACUGUGAGGCAGGAAUUAUAAUUUUUGCUAUUUUACAGAUUAAGAAAUUGGGGCUAUGUGUAAUUAAGUAAUUUGUUGAAGGUCACAUUACUAUUAGUGAAACCAGGAGUUGAAGCUGGAUAGUUUGGUUCCUAACCUCACUCACUUAACUGUUGUGCCAUAUUGACUUUACUAAGUGUAUUAGUCUGUUCUCACACUGCUAAUAAAGUCAUACCUGAGACUGGGUAAUUUAUAAAGAAAAAGGUCUAAUGGAAUCACAGUUCCACGUGGCUGGGUAGGCCUCACAAUCAUGGUAGAAGGCAAAGGAGGAGUAAAGUCAUGUCUUGCAGCAGACAAGAGAGAGAGCGUGUGCAGGGGAACUCUCUUUUAUAAAACCAUCAGAUCUCAUGAGACUUAUUCACUAUCAACACAACAGCUCAGGAAAGACCCACCAUCAUGAUUCAGUUAUCUCCCACCAGGUCCCUCCCACAACACAUGGGAAUUAUGGGAGUUUCAAUUUGAGAUUUGGGUGGGGACACAGCCAAACCAUAUUGCUAAGUCUUGAAAAAUUUUAUGAGGAAUAAUUAAAGAAUCUGAGAAUUGCAUUUUGGGAGGUCAAGGUGGGCAGAUCACUUGAGGUCAGGAGCUCCAGACCAGCCUGCCAACAUGGUGAAACCCCAUCUCUACUAAAAUACAUAAAUAAAUGAACUGGGCAUGGUGAUGGGUGCCUGUAAUCUCAGCAGCUCAGGAGGCUGAGGCAGGAGAAUCACUUGAAUCUGGGAAGCAGAGGUGGCAGUGAGCUGAGAUCGCGCCACUGCACUCCAGCCUGGGUGACAGAGUGAGACUCUGUCUUAAACAAAAAAAGACUGGGUGUCGUGGCUUACACCUGUAAUCCCAGCACUUUGGGAGGCCAAGGCAGGCGGAUCACCUGAGGUCAGGAGUUCAAGACCAGCCUGGCCAACAUGGUGAAACCCUGUCUCUACUAAAAAUACAAAAAUUAGCCAGGCGUCAUGGCAUAUGCCUGUAAUCCCAGCUACUUGGGAGGGUGAGGCAGGAGAAUUGCUUGAACCCAGGAGGCAGAGGUUGCAGUGAGCCAAGAUCAUGCCAUUGCACUCUACCCUGGGUGACAAGAGCAAAACUCUGUCUCAAAAAAAACCAAAAGAUGGGCAGCUGGCAAGAUGGCCAAAUAGGAACAGCUCUGUUCUGUAGCUCCCAAUAAGACCGACACAGAAGGCAGGUGAUUCCUGCAUUUCCAACUGAGGUACCCGGUUCAUCUCAUUGGAACUGGUUGGACAGUGGGUACAGCCCAAGGAGGGCGAGCUGAAGCGGGGUAGGGUGUUACCUCACCUGGGAAGCAAAAGGGUUCAGAGAACUCCCUCUCCUAGCCAAGGGAAGCCAUUAGGGACUGUGCCGUGCACUCUGGCGCAGAUACUGUGCUUUUCCGACGGUCUUCACAACCCACAGACCAGGAGAUUCCCUCCGGUCCCUAUGCCACCAGGGCCCUGAGUUUCCAGCACAAAACUGGUCUGCUGUUUGGGCAGAUACCGAGGUAGCUGCAGGAGUUUUUUUUCAUACCCUAGUGGCACCUGGAAUGCCAGUGAGACAUAACUGUUCACUCCCCUAGAAAGCGGGCUGAAGCCAGGGAGCCAAGUGGUCUGGCUUGGUGGGUCCCACCCUCACAGAGCCCAGCAAGCUCAGAUCCACUGGCUUGAAAUUCUGGCUGUCAGCACAGCAGUCUGAACUUGACCUGGGACACUGUAGCUUGGUGGGGGGAGGGGCAUCUACCAUUGCUGAGGCUUGAGUAGGUGGUUUUACCCUCACAAUGUAAACAAAGCCACUGGGAAGUUUGAACUGGGAGGAGCCCACCACAGCUCACCAAGGCUGCUGUGGCCAGACUGCCUCUCUAGAUUCCCUCCCCUCUGGGCAGGGCAUCUUUGAAAAAAAGGCAGUUGGGGGAAGGGGCAGUUGUGGGCACAGCUUCAGCAGACUUAAACGUCCCUGCUUGGCAGCUCUGCAGAGAGCAGCAGAUCUCCCAGCACAGCGUUCAAGCUCUGAUAAGGGACAGUUGGCCUCCUCAAGUGGGUCCCUGACCACCGUGUAUCCUGACUGGAAGACACCUCCCAGUAGGGGCUGACAGACACCUCAUACAGGAGAGCUCUGGCUGGCAUCUGGUGGGUGCCCCUUUGGGACGAAGCUUCCAGAGGAGGGAACAGGCAGCAAUCUUUGCUGUUCUUCAGCCUCCGCCAGUGAUACCCAGGCGAACACGGUCUGGAGUGGACCUCUAGCAAAUUCCAGCAGACCUGCAGCAGAGGGCCCUGACUGUUAGAAGGAAAACUAACAGACAGAAAGGAAUAUAUCAAAAAGGAUAUACACUCAGAGACCCCAUCCGAAGGUCGCCGACUUCAGAGACCAAAGGUGGAUAAAUCCACAAAGAUGGGGAGAAACCAGCGCAAAAAGACUGAAAAUUCCAAAAACCACAAUGCCUCUUCUCCAAAGGAUCACAACUCCUUGAAAGCAAGGGAACAAAACGACAGAGAAUGAGUCUGAUGAAUUGACAGAAGUAGGCUUCAGGCAGUGGAUAAUAACAAACUCCUUCGAGCUAAAGGAACAUGUUCUAACCCAAUGCAAGGAAGCUAAGAACCUUGAGAAAAGGUUAGACGAAUUGCUAACUAGAAUAACCAGUUUAAAGAAGAACAUAAAUGACCCGAUGGAGCUGAAAAACACUGCACGAGAACUUCGUGAAGCAUCCACAAGUAUCAAUAGCCGAAUCAAUCAAGUGGAAAAGGAUAUCGGAGAUUGAAGAUCAACUCAAUGAAAUAAA